CCCUCGGGAUUAUUGUCUUGACCUACCUACCUACCGGCUUUGAUUACGACGACCCAAACCACACAUAAAAGAAACAAGCUAUCCAUCUGCACCGAACUGGACGGAGAAUGGGCCAGAGGCAUAACCGACGUCGCACACGACCCCGAUCUCGAAACCGCAGUGUCAACAGUCUUCCGUUCGCACCCUUCCCACGACCUGUCGACCUUUGCACUUCAGCUGUUCCCUCCGCACUCGACUGUCCUGAAAUACCCGCCCCGACCUGGCACUAUGGGCAUUUGAUAUGGCAGAAACGUGACCGUGCGCUGAGGAUGGAGGCUUCUACGCUGGAGGCAGAGCAGUGUCGUCUUUUUGGUGGUGUACCCGGUGACGAUGUCGGUCUCUGUUAUCGCAUGUUGGAGUACUUCGGUGGACUCGACUACAUCGAUUGUCCACAAUCCUUGAACGCAUUACCUGGAUGAUAUAUCAUGCCGAUAUCAUUUGCCUUUUUGCAGCAAUUUUCAUAAUUGUCGUCCAGGCGGUGGAAAAAAUUCUCAAAAAUCAAAAAAGGGACCGAAGGCAUACCCAAA